AUGGCGCAUCAAUACGGCGAUCGAGCUGAUUAUAUUAAUGCCAUUUACAAAAUAUUGAGCAGACAUGGAGGAAAGAUGGAAUAUGGUGCCUUGAAGAGUGAGAUGAAAAGACGAAAAGCAUUGAGAAACUUACCAGUUGAGGAAUAUUGGGGUUUUCUGCAAAUGUAUCCAAAUAAUUUCAAAACAGAAACUACAAGGUUUGGAGGAAACAUAGUGGACUUUGUAAAAGCGAUAACCACCAUUGAUUACUGCGCAGAACACUGCACAAGAAAGUCCACUUGCCAAGACUCACUUUGUGACAACUUACAUCUGUGUAAAUAUUACUUGAAUGGCACUUGUAAAUUCACCCCCAACUGCCAUUUUGGCCAUGAUCUGACCACUGAUCACAAUCAGCAUGCACUGUCUGAACACCAUCUGAGUGGACUUGAUGAAAGAGCACUGAAGACUGUGAUGAACAGUAGUGCAAGAACAGUGCCUAAACCUUGCAAGUGGUACAAUGUUGCCAAAGGGUGUCGUGCGGAGUCUUCAGCAUCUUCCUGCCCAUUUCUGCAUGUGUGUAAACACUACUUGCUCGGAUCUUGUCGCUUUGGUAAAAAAUGUAAACGAUCGCACAACAUCUAUGAUCCACAACCAAAGGCAGUGUUGGAAAAGAAUGGAAUCAAUGUGAACAGGAGUCCUAAAGAAACUCUGGCAGAAAUACGCGAUGCAGUUGAAGGCAUGGAUAUGACGUCUGAUUCUGGAAGCAUGACGUCAGCAUCAUCCAGUCAGCCACCUCUGUCCUCUUCACCCAAGCAGAGAAAGGAUGCAGGAAAAGUGACAGGGUCCAGGCAAAGUGACCAAGGCUCUGCAGUUGGUCCAGGUAGUCCCAGACACCAGGCCAGUGUCCAGCACCUGCCAGCAGCCAUGGGAAGUACUUGUGCUAGUAUCUACGGUGAUGAUGAAAUAUGUACUUUCCAUCUUCGUGGCAAGUGUAACUAUGGGCAGUCAUGCAGAAANGGCAAACUCGAAAGAGAAAGUGAAAUGGCGCAUCAAUACGGCGGUCGAGCUGAGUAUAUUAAUGCCAUUUACAAAAUAUUGAGCAGACAUGGAGGAAAGAUGGAAUAUGAUGCCUUGGAGAAUGAGAUGAAAAGACGAAAAGCAUUGAGAAAAUUACCAGUUGAGGAAUAUCGGGGUUUUCUGCAAAUGUAUCCAAAUAAUUUCAAAACAGAAACUACAAGGUUUGGAGGAAACAUAGUGAACUUUGUAAAAGCGAUAACCACCAUUGAUUACUGCGCAGAACACUGCACAAGAAAGUCCACUUGCCAAGACUCACUUUGUGACAACUUACAUCUGUGUAAAUAUUACUUGAAUGGCACUUGUAAAUUCACUCCCAACUGCCAUUUUGGCCAUGACCUGACCACUGAUCACAAUCAGCAUGCACUGUUUGAACACCAUCUGAGUGGACUGGAUGAAAGAGCACUGAAGACUGUGAUGAACAGUAGUGCGAGAACAGUGCCUAAACCUUGCAAGUUUUACAAUGUUGCCAAAGGGUGUCGUGCGGAGUCUUCAGCAUCUUCCUGCCCAUUUCUGCAUGUGUGUAAACACUACUUGCUGGGAUCUUGUCGCUUUGGUAAAAAAUGUAAACGAUCGCACAACAUCUGUGAUCCACAACCGAAGGCAGUGUUGGAAAAGAAUGGAAUCAAUGUGAACAGGAGUCCUAAAGAAACUCUGGCAGAAAUACGCGAUGCACUUGAAGGCAUGGAUAUGACGUCUGAUUCUGGAAGCAUGACGUCAUCAUCAUCCAGUCAGCCACCUCUGUCCUCUUCACCCAAGCAGAGAAAGGAUGCAGGAAAAGUGACAGGGUCCAGGCAAAGUGACCAAGGCUCUGCAGUUGGUCCAGGUAGUCCCAGACACCAGGCCAGUGUCCAGCACCUGCCAGCAGCCAUGGGAAGUACUUGUGCUAGUAUCUAUGGUGAUGAUGAAAUAUGUACUUUCCAUCUUCGUGGCAAGUGUAACUAUGGGCAGUCAUGCAGAAAAUUCCACAACCCUCACAGGUUGCCGUAUCACUGGCAGUGCAGGGAUGUAACUGGGAGUGGUGAAUGGGCAGAUCUUCUAGACCUACAGCAAAUAAAACAUCUGGAAAAAGAAUUCUGCAAUCCUCAGAAAACUGAAGUGAUGAUAGGUCUUAAGGGGCAUCAGUGCUCUGUCAGCUUCUUGACCAUGACAAUCAGAAGCUCUGGUGAUCACCAACUUUUGGAGAUCCGUAGGCUGUCCACAUUGUCCUCAGAGGUGGCGACACCAGCUUCUAGAGCCUUCAGCACAUGUUGGUUGUGGUAUUGGAAGGAUGAGUUUGGACAGUGGUCUGAAUAUGAAAAACAGGGCACUCCAGCUCCAGUUGCAGGCCUACGGGUAGGAGCAUUUAGUUUCAAAUCUACUGGUACAUCUUCUGUGGACUCAAAGAAAAUAGAAGCAGCAUUCUUGGAAGACAAACUUGGAGAAAUUGAUUUUGAAACACCAGAACAUCAAUAUGUUUUAGAUUUUGAGAAAAUGGUUCAGAAAAAUAUUCGUAUUGGAACAGAAAGAAAAGUGCGCAGAAGACCUGUUUAUGUCUCACCUGAGGAAUUCACACAGGCAUUAAGGCAAAAAUCAUCUGACAGAAGGCAACCUGGUGAUGCCUCAGCAGCAGUCUCUACUGCCCCACCUGGUGUACCUUCUCACUGGGACACCACGGCACCAAUGAUCAGUAACUCUUAUCAACUGGUAAAGCUCCCACAAACACACCGAGAGUUUGUAGAGGUUUCAGAUCUCUUUCGUAAAUCCAUGUCACAGUACACAAUUUCUUCAGUCGAGAGAAUACAAAAUCAAGAGAUCUGGGAUGGAUAUUCCAGGAAAAAAUUGUGGAUGGAAAAGAAACAGCCACCAGGAGGAGUUGAAGAGCGCUAUCUGUUUCAUGGUACCAAGGAAAGAUACAUCCCUGCAGUUUGCCAGCAAGGAUUUGACCCAAGAAUAAGUGGGAUGAGUUCUGGCACUCUUUAUGGAAAAGGCAGCUAUUUUGCAAGUCAGGCCAGCUAUUCUCAUAACUAUACUGACUCUAAGCAGUUGUUAGUUUCUAAAGUCUUGGUUGGCACUUAUACCAGAGGGAAGGGAGAUUUCGUUCGCCCCCCACCAAAAGACCCCUCACGACCACACGGUGAUCUGUAUGAUUCCUGUGUUGAUAGUGAAUAUAAACCAUCAAUUUUUGUCAUAUUUAAAUCUGAGCAAGCCUACCCUGAAUAUCUGAUAAAGUAUAAGUAAGUUGUCUUGUGAUCAUUUGGUCGCAAGACCUUCAAAUGUUUAAAGUUUGUCAAAUCUCAUGUAAUACAAAUAGUUUUACAUGAGAACCACAGCAAAAGGUUGGCUAUACUGAAAAAAAAACUUAGUAUAAAAAAUAAAACAAACAAAACAAAAUAAAUAAAGCUUCUCGUAGGAAGUUGAAAUAAAAAAAAAGAAAUGAAAAUUAUUUACCCUUGACAAGAUGAAAAGUGUACAACAUUGUGUACAACAUUGUGUACAAGAUGUGCCACACUGCAUGUGCAGGAACCUCCAGUGUGAGUGUACUGUGCAGUAGAAGGCUAAAUUUUUGCUAAGAGAAAAUAUGAGGCAAUCUGUUUAUCAGAUUAAGCUGGUUGGUACAUCAGAACAAUCC